AUGCCGUCGGCAAAACGACCAUUGGGAUCCCCUUCGCCAGACCCGCAGACCCUCAAGCCUGAAAGUAAUGGACGUGCUUCGCAAAUUCGCGAUGACAAUCCAGCAGAAGAAUCUGCCAAUGUAACGGAGACAGACUCCAACAUCUCCGUCCCCAAUCAGGUGGCUUACUGGUCUGCAAUCACACCUACCGUUGAUGGUAUGCUUGGUGGUUUCCCACAGGUGUCUCGGAUCGAUAUUCAGUUCUCACGGAACUUCCUACGCAAACUACAACGCCUUGAUAAGACCACACGUGGUGGGGCUAGCACAGAAACGCCUUCCAACCAGCACGGAUAUCCAUUCAACCAUUGCCUGGAACCUGGUGCGGGGAUCGGUCGCGUUACGCUCAACCUGCUUGCCGGACUCUGCUAUAAGAUCGACAUCAUCGAGCCUAUCAAGAAAUUCACGGACGUACUUACUGCGGAAGACUCGCCAGUUGUCCGGUCGGGACAGCUACAACGAGUGUAUAAUGUGCCAUUGCAGGACUGGAGGCCAGAGAUGGCACCAUCUUACUCCGCUCCUGGCUCGGAUGAGGAAACAUCCUCAACGACAGCAUCUCAGUCCUCCAAGUAUGACCUGAUCUAUAACCAAUGGUGCUUGAACCAUCUUUCAAUGGUCGAUUUGGUCCGCUAUUUCACUAGGCUGAUACCCUUGUUGCGUCCCAAUGGCUGGAUCAUAGUGAAGGAAAACUUAUCGACCGAUGCAUUUGGGAAUGAUAUAUUUGACGAGGAAGACAGUAGCGUCACUCGCAGUGACCAGAACUGGAGAGAGAGCUUUGAGAGGGCUGGGCUGAAGUUGGUCAAGACAGAGGUGCAGACAGGAUUUCCGAAAGAGCUAGGACUUUAUCCUGUGAGGAUGUAUGCAUUAAGACCAAAGUAG